CCCCAAUUUUCUUUCGAUAUGAUGUCUACUUCAAAUAGUUUAUUCACUUGUGGCUAAAUAUGCAGAAACAAUAUUAAACCAGGCGUCUUUGGUAUAACUGAUUUUUUAGCGGACUUGGCCUGUCCCUGUCCUGUCCUUGGAUUAUCCUUCAUAUAAUUCCAGCGCGCGGGCAGGCGGUCCUACCCUGGAAAGGCAAUCGGUGAAUUAUUUGUUGAGUGCACUCGUUUAGUCACUGGUAUUACUGUGUAAUGCUCACAAUCAAAUUCCCUGGAACAACAAGCUUCCCAACUAGGCUGUAUGAUCCGUGAUAUUGCGUGCUGUGACCCACUUCGCCGGCGUCCGUGACUGUAUCUCUGUGGGAUCAAGCAUUGCUUCACAUGUGAUUCUGGAAGGGACGUGGACUACCGACCGGUUAUACAGAUCAGCCUGUCAUACAUAGGCAACACAUCAGGGGAGGCAAAAGACGAAGUGAAGAGAGCGAUUAAUUACAAAAGAUUUUCCGGAAUAAGUAUAUACAUCACGGACUGCAACAAUGAUGCCGAUGAUCUUGACGGUGUUUCUAAGCGACAGCCAGCAGAUGCUGACCGAGGUGCCCAUCACCCCAGAGACCACAUGCAAAGACGUAGUGGAGUUCUGUAAAGAUGUUGGAGAGCGCGGCUGUCACCUUGCUGAGGUCUGGAAAGGCAACGAGAGAGUUAUUCCUUUUGACCACCUGAUGUAUGAGCACCUGCAGAAGUGGGGUCCCAGGAGGCUGGAGGUCAGGUUCUACCUGAGACAUGAAGACUGCCCCUCUGAGAGUUGUGACCUGGGGAGCCAGCUCUCUCAAGACCAGUCCAACAGAGACAGUGGAGGGAGAUCAGACCAGCCGUGUGACAAUUGGGUGGGGAACCCUCGGGUGGAGCUGACUUUGUCGGAGCUGCAGGAAAUGGCCUCACGACAACAGCAACAGAUUGAGGCCCAACAGCAGAUGCUUGUUGCAAAGGAGCAGCGUCUUCGGCACUUAAAGCAGCAGGACCACAAACAAGGACCGACGGCGUCCGAGGCUGAGAAGCUGCAGAGGUUAAAGGAGCGGGUGGAGAGUCAGGAAGCCAAACUUAAGAAGAUCCGCGCCAUGAGGGGCCAAGUGGACUACAGCAAGCUCAUCAACGGAAACCUGUCGGCUGAGAUCGAGCAUGUCAGUGGCCUGUUCCAGGAGAAGCAGGCCGAGUUGCAGUCGGCUGUGCUGAAAGUGGACCAGCUCACCCAGCAGCUGGAGGACCUGAGGAGGGGACGUCUCAACGGCCUGCAGCCCCUAGGAGGACCUCUGACUGGGACCGCAGCCCUGGAGCUACGCAAACUCUACCAGGAACUGCAGGUGCGCAACAAGCUGAACAGAGAGCAGAGCAGCCGGCUGCAGCAGAACAGGGAGCUGCUGAACAAGCGCGACGCCGACGUCACCAUGAUGGACAAGCGCAUCGGAGACCUCCGCGAGCGCCUGUAUAAGAAAAAAGCUGAGGCAUGUGAAAAAGAGAGAAACCCCCUUAACAGGAUAAAUGAGCCUCCCUCCCCCCAGCCCACUCCCACCAGCUCUGGGCGUGUGGCCGCCGUGUGUCCCUACAUCCAAGUCCCUGUCCCAGGCAGACAGGAGGGGGGCUACAGCCUGCCCCCAGAACCCCUUAAACCACCGCCUGGCCCUGGGAUUGGCCACAUCAACCACGGACGCUCCAAAUCAGCAGAGGAGGAGGGGUUCGGUGUGAGGAAGCCCUCCAGCCAGUGGAAGGUCUCAGAUUUAGACAUCAUAGUGGACCCUGUGGAGCUGAGAGAGGGGCCCCGGUCCCCCUCAGGGGCCCACAGUGCUGACACCAGUGAAGCCGUGUGGCCCACCCUGAGUAAAAGCGUCUCUGUCCAACCUUCAGAUUGGAGGAACACCAGCCCGGACCAGAGUCUUGACUUCAGUAAGAUACCAGUGGGAUCCAUGUCCAAACUGCCACCCAUCUACGGCACCUACCCUGCACCCAGUGGCCAUCCGUCUGUAGUCUGCUCUACCAGUUCCCUGCCCAGGUCAGCCCCGGCCACCUUAGCCUGGCAGCGCUCGGCCCCACCCCCUCCUGGUUCCUCGUCCCAACAGAUCCAGCAUCGGAUCUCUGUCCCCCCCAGCCCCACACCCCAGUCAGGCCAGGGUGAGAGGGAGAGGCCUGACCCCCCGCUGGCUGUGGCUGUGAGGCCCUAUGUUCCGGACAGGUCCUCCUCGAGGCCUCAGUCCCCCAGGAAGGGCCCUGCCACCAUGAACUCCUCCUCUAUCUACAACAUGUACCUACAGCAGCCUGCAGCGAAGAGCUACCCGGUAGGAGGCAGGUCUGCCAUCAAAGCAGUGUAUGGGAAACCAGUGCUGUCCUCCAGCACCUCUCCUUCCCCUGUACCCUUCCAACACGGGCCGCUGUCCCCCGGAGCAGGCCUGGGGUGUGGCGAGGACCCGUCGGACAGGGAAGGUGACACUCCAGAGGGCGGACCCCUCCCCCCGCCAGGCGUGGAAAACAUCCCGAGGCCGCUGAGCCCGACCAAGCUGACCCCCGUGGCCCACUCCCCGCUGCGCUACCAGAGUGAUGCUGACCUGGAGGUCUUGCGCCGGCGGCUGACCAAUGCGCCACGGCCACUGAAGAAACGCAGUUCCAUCACGGAGCCGGAGGGCCCCGCUGGGCCCAACAUCCAGAAGCUCCUGUACCAGCGCUUCAACACCCUGGCCGGGGGAAUGGAGGGCGGCUGCGGAACCCCGUUCUACCAGCCCGUCUUCAUGGGCGGUGUCGUGGGAUGUCCCGACGCUAACGGGAACCCGACAGAGGCAGCCUUAGGGCUCAUCGUGGCGGAGGGUCCCAACUCUGACCCUCGGAUGUCCCCUUCCGCGUCCCCUCCCUCUGACUCCAAUGAGAACCAGAGGCAGAGGACGCCCCCGCCCAGUGAGUCAGCUCCGCCCACCCCCCAGCCCAGCCUGGAAGGCAACAACAACCAGCCGGGUCCUAGCAGCACCACCUCCACUCCCAGCCCCACCCCCGAGGUCUCGUCCCCCCAGCCGAAAGACACCUCUCCCCGAACCGUCACUCUGCCGGCACUGCCUAAGAUCAAGAGAACUAACCUGAAGAAGCCUGAGUCAGAGCGGACAGGUCAUGGUCUGCGGGUCAAGUUCAACCCGCUGGCCCUGCUACUGGAUGCUUCUCUGGAGGGAGAGUUUGACCUAGUGCAGAGGAUCAUUUAUGAGGUUGAGAACCCCAGCACGGCCAAUGACGAGGGCAUCACCCCCCUGCACAAUGCGGUGUGCGCCGGACAUCACCACAUCGUCAAGUUCCUGCUCGACUUCGGAGUGAACGUCAAUGCGGCUGACAGCGAUGGAUGGACACCGCUUCACUGCGCAGCCUCCUGUAACAGUGUGCAUCUCUGUAAGCUGCUGGUGGAGUCGGGGGCGGCCAUCUUUGCCACCACCAUCAGUGACGUGGAGACUGCCGCUGAUAAGUGCGAGGAAAUGGAGGAGGGAUACACGCAGUGUUCUCAGUUCCUCUAUGGGGUGCAGGAGAAGCUGGGAGUGAUGAAUAAAGGCUCGGUCUACGCGCUGUGGGACUAUGAGGCCCAGAGCUCAGACGAGUUGUCCUUCCGCGAGGGGGAUGCCAUCACCAUCGUGAGUCGCAGGGACGACGCUGAGACCGAGUGGUGGUGGGCCAGACUACAGGACAAGGAGGGCUAUGUGCCGCGGAACCUUCUAGGGUUGUAUCCGAGGAUCAAGCCUAGACAACGUUCUCUGGCAUAGAGAAGACGGCGCACGCUGCUGAGAAGACGGCGCACGCUGCUGAGAAGAUAGUGCACGUUGUUGUGCUGUGACUUGGCUCAAAGCUGGAGCUGGCUGUGCCCUGACAGUGACGUCUCUGUGUCAGUCUGUUCCACCACAGAACAAAGGAUAUGGACCAGGGCACAGACAGAGUGGGUCAUAUCCAGGCAGACAGAUAGGCUUGAUAUUGGUGGACACUUAUCAUGGUCGUCAGUUAUCAAAGAAGCAGAAUUCACCACCUGGGGAUCUCUAUCUGCAUUUUGAAUGUUGGCCUCAUCCGCCAGACCAGACUGAUUAAAAAAAAAUCAUCAUUGGUUCGUGAAACAAUGAAGCGCCAUGUUUUUAUUUUAUUUUUUCCAGAAGAAGAUCACCCUGCCACCGCCCGUUCAUUCAGCCGUUAUUCCUCUGGGUCUGGGAUUCGCCCUCUCCCCUCUCACUUAAGAAAUUUGGUCUGUGUGUCUGUCAAGUAAGGACUUGAAUGGGAUGUUCUCUGGAAAGGGAUUGGAUAGGAUGGACGCAGUCAUGAGUUAGUAUGUUUGAACCAAAGGACAACGUUAGAAGAAGACUGUUAGCUGACUGGAGGCCAAAUCGUCAGGGUCUUAGUGAAGGAAAGAAAGUAACACAUGAGAUUGUUUCUGUGAGAUGUAAGAAAGGAAAGAAAGUGACAGAAGGUUACAGAAGGUGCUAUUGUCAGUUAAAGCUACUAAAAAUAUGUUAAGUCAAAUACUGUUGGUGUUAUUUUUGCAAACCAAAAUGUUUUCUGAAGGAAUGAGUGAAGGGGUUAUGCUGGGAUGGGAAAGUGAGAGGUGCAGCAUUUUCUUUUACUGAUGUAAUACCUAUACGAAGCUAUCAGUGGGUGUGAAUGGAAACUAAGCUCAUUAAACACUCGAAUGCCUACAAUAUAUGAAUGCUUUAUCACCCAAACAAAAGGUGCAGUUUCUCUCAUGGGAGUGCAUAUUAAUAUUAAGUAAAAUUUUAUUAUAUUC